AUGGUGGAGAAAAAAGAGUCCAAUUUCCUCUAUAUAGUGGCUCGUUUUACACCAUUUACUCAACUCGAAUUUAUUGUUGCUCUUUUUUCCACUUCUACAAAGCGCUUCCAACGUUCCUCCUGUCCUAUAAGCCAAAACAUUGAGGACUACCGGAAGAACAUGCAGCUGACGGACGAUCAGUUCCGCAAUCUGGAGCGUCUGUUGGACGAGAUUGUGAAGGGUCGGGAAAUGGCUCUCUUGAUGCUGGGAAUGCCUUUACAGUCGUGGUCAGAGGUCUACUUCGUUCUUCGACCUGUCGCAAAGGGCCUCCUAAACGCCUCACCUAUUGCGUACCCCUAA